UCUGAAUUUACACCCUGUUUUGCUUGCAAACUGGAAUCUUAUUUGCCCGCAAGCAGCGCCCCUAAGCCUAUACAUACACGUAGCGCGCAUUCCUCUCCCUCUCAGCUUGAAACCACCAUCACGAUCACCACCUAGCACGAAGCACUGCAAAGUCCAGCUUGCUUCAGUUCAUCGGCAUGGCGUACCGAGUGCUGGAGGUCACGCUCCUGUCAGCCAAGGACCUGAAGAGCGUGAACCUCAUCACGCGCAUGGAGGUGUACGCGGUUGCGACCAUCUCCGGCGACCCCAUCACGCGCCAGUGCACCCCGCCGGACCCCCACGGCGGCCGCAACCCGACCUGGAACGCCACGCUCCAGUUCGCCGUGCCGCCCACCGCCGAGGAGGCCACGGGCGGCUGCCUCCACAUCCUCCUCCGCGUCGAGCGUAUCUUCGGCGGCGACCGCGACGUCGGCGAGGUCAUCGUGCCCCUCUCGGAGAUCCUCUCCGGCGUCGGGCACGGCGCCGACUACGGGGCCCACAGCAUGCCCCAGUUCGCGUCCUACCAGAUCCGCAAGGUGCACCGCACCGAGGUGCGCGGCUUGCUCUACCUCACGUAUCGUCUCGGCCCCAUCGUCCUGCCGGAGCCCCAUCUGGAGAUACCCGUCGACGAGUGGCCGGUCGUGGCGUACCCGGUGAAGCAGGUGAUGCCGCCGCCGCCGCCUCCACCGCAGGCUGCCUGGCCCGGGUAUGUGGCCGCGGCACCGCCGGCGAAACCACCUGCCGGCUACGUGGCUGUGCCGCCUGCAAAAUCAGCCGGCUACUUGGAUGUGCCGUUUUCGCCUGAGAGAGCACCCGGGCAUACGGCCUGGCCUGCGCCUCCGAAACCACCGGUGCCAUCGCCGGCAAAGCAAGAAGGGCAUGCCGCCGUGCCGCCGUCUCCCAAACCUUCCUGGUACGGGACCGCGCCAUCGCCGGCAAAGCAAGAAGGGCAUGCCGCCGUGCCGCCGUCUCCCAAACCUUCUGGGUACGGGACCGCGCCAUCGCCUGCAAAGCAAGAAGGUCAUGUCGCCGUGCCGCCGUCUCCGAAUCCUUAUGGGUACGGGACCGCGCCAUCGCCUGCAAAGCAAGAAGGGCAUGACGCGGUGCCGCCGUCUCCGAAACCUUCUUGGUACGGGACCGCGCCGUCGCCUGCAAAGCAAGGAGGACAUGUCGCCGUGCCGCCGUCUGCUGAACCAUCCGGUCGGGUGGUGUCCAUGCCGCCUUCUCCCAAACCAGUCGGACGUGUGGUGUCUAUGCCACCGUCUACUCCGAAACCAUCCGGUCAGGUGGUGACCAUGCCGCCUUCUCCAAAGCCAGCGGAACGUGCGGUGUCCAUGCCACCGUCUCAGAAACCGGUCGAACGUGCGGUGUCCAUGCCGCCGUCUCAGAAACUGGCCGGGCCUGCGGUGUCCAUGCCGCCGUCUCCGAAACCGGUCGACCGUGUGGUGUCCAUGCCGCCGUCUCAGAAACUGGCCGGGCAUGUGGUGUCCAUGCCGCCAGCUCCGAAGCCACUUGAACGUGUGGUGUCCAUGCCGCCGUCUCAGAAACCGGCGGGGCAUGUGGUGUCUAUGCCGCCGCCGCCUCCGAAACCAGUUGAACGUGUGGUGUCCAUGCCACCGUCUCAGAAACCGGCCGGAAAUGUGGUGUCCAUGCCGCCGCCGCCGCCGAAACCAGUCGAACGUGCGGUGUCCAUGCCGCCGUCUCAGAAACCAGUCGGGCGUGUGGCGUCCACGCCGCCGUCUCCAAAGCCAACCGAGCAGCACGUGCCCUUGCCGCCGUCUACAAAACCAGCGGCACAAGUGGCCCCGCCACCGUCUCCCAAACCUUCUGGGUACGAGGCCGUGCCUUCUCCGAAACCAGCUGCACAUGUGGCAGUGCCGCCGUCCCCAAAACCAUCGGGUCAUUACACCGUGCCGCCGUCUCCGACACCGGCCGGACAUGUCGCCAUGCCGUCGCCGUCUCCGAAACCAUCCGUUCAUGCUGUGCCGCCAUCUCCAAAACCAGUCACGAAUGUGGCUGUGCCGCCGUCUCCAAAGCCAUCCGGCGGGCAUGUGUCCAUGCCGCCGUCUCCGGCACCAUACGGCCAGGUGGUGUCCAUGCCGCCGUCUCCAGCACCAUACGGCCAGGUGGUCUCCAUGCCGCCUGCUCCAAAACCAGCCGCCCCUGUGGUUGUGUCGCCGCCUCCAAAACCAGCCAACUUGCCGGCAGAUCACAACCCCAGCAUGGAGUUCGGGUGGGGGCUGGGCGCCGGCCUGGUCAGCGGCGCAAUCAGCGGGAUGCUGGCCGGCGGCAACAAAGGAGAACCGACGGCGUAUGCACCACAAGUCGCACCACUCGCCCGCAGUCGUCAAGUGUCUGUGUCUAAGACGUACGGCAGAGAUGUUUACACGCACUAGUAGCUAAAGAUCCCAAUUUAUAGCUUGAUAAUAUACGAGUGUAUAAACACUUGUAUUGGCAUGACUGGGUUUGUAGCUAGUUAUGCUAUAAAUUAAGACAUGGGUACGAGUAUGUAUACUUUGUAAUUUGGAAUAAUUAAGCUUUUAUGCUCCUUAUUAAGUUGCA